CAUUCUAGGCCAACUUGCUCUGCGAUUGGUUAAUUUAAAAAUGACGUCUUCAAAACAUCCAAUCAACGAACAAAUUCUCUUAUCAGUGCUGUCACUUAUCAAUUCAUCUUUAAUCCACCAAAAAAGAAUGCAGCAGUCAGUGAAAAAAACACUGUUGAAUAAAUUCUAAUUUAUUUUAUGAGCCUAAAUAAAUUUUCCGGUGAAAAAUAAUAAUAAAAGUGUAAAUUCAGUCGUAAGUUUAAUACUUGUUCGAUACUCACGUUAUAUUUUUAUUCUGUUUACGAUUGAACGCAAUUAUAAGAGAGCCAAAGUAAUCAAACCAUCAACGAAAACUUCUUGAAUGUUUUAUUUUUUAAUCGAGUUUUAGUGAUUAUCUGUUAUCAGUAGAACGUUUUUAUUUCUCAUCUACGUUGUCUAGAAGUGUCAUUAAAAUGAACGGAAGUUGUAUAAUCAGCUAAGUUCUCAAGUUGACGUUGACUCGAUUAUGUGUAAAUAAGUUAAUAUACAAUGGCUGCGUUAAUUAAUCCUGGGAGCAGUGCAGGAUCUGGAAACGAUAGGCAGUUUUCCAACAAGAAAUUGGUCUUGAUCGCCAAACUGGAAGGAUGCAAUGACGAUAUCAAUCAAGCAAUAUUAAUACCCAAUAUUGAAGGCGUUAUCAGUGUUUCAAACGAUAAAACGGUUAGAGUAUGGUUGAAAAGAGACUCCGGACAAUAUUGGCCUAGCAUUUGUACUUACUUGAAUUCGGCAGCUACCUGCUUGUAUUAUCAUGGCGAAACUAGACAUUUGUUCGUCGGUUUAGAGAACGGUAUUAUAGUUGAAUUCAAUGUGUCGGAUGAUUUCAAUCGUUUAACUCAAAUUAGAGAUAUUCAAGCUCAUCAGUCUACAGUCACAGCGGUGUAUUAUAAUGCUAAAUCCGACUGGGUUAUUAGUAUAGGUCGCGAUAAAGUUCUCCAAUAUUAUAACUUUCAGACUGGAAAACCCAUCAAUAGUUAUAUUUCCAAUGCUUGGUGUACCGCUUUAGCGUUUGAUUCCGAUACGAAUCAUGGCUUUAUUGGUGAUUACUCCGGCCAAAUCACUAUGUUAAAAUUAGAUAAUAUCGGCGUUAAAGUCAUUACUACUCUGAAAGGACAUUCGGGCAGUAUUCGCACCUUGACGUGGGAUAUCACCAGUCGACAAUUAUUCUCUGGUAGUUUUGAUCAAACCGUAGUUGCUUGGGAUAUCGGUGGACAACAAGGAACGGCUUACGAAUUACAAGGGCAUAAGAACAAAGUAACCGCUAUUUGUUACGCUCCUCAAAAACGUAUUUUAGUAUCCGGAGGCGAAGAUAGCGUUAUCGUUUUUUGGGAUAUGCGUAUUAGAAGAGAAGAAACGCCUUCGUGGGUAGAAUCAGACACUUGUCAACUAUGCAGUGUUCCGUUCUUCUGGAACUUUCGAGCCAUGAUGGAUCAAAAGCAAUUUGGAUUACGUCAACAUCAUUGUCGCGGCUGCGGACGAGCCGUUUGCGACAAAUGUAGUGAAAAUCGUUCAGUCAUUCCCGUAAUGGGCUUCGAAAACCCCGUCCGAGUUUGCGACACUUGUUACGUACACAAAAAAGAUGCCGACCUGACGUCUUUAGCAUCGUUCCACGAUGCCAAACAUAGUAUAGUUUUUAUGGAUCUCGAUGAACCAAAGAAGAAACUUCUUACUGUUGGUCAAGACCGGCUUAUCAAAAUAUGGGAUACAUCUGUGCUAUUGUAAAGAAACCCGUUGACCCGUAAACUCUUCGUUAAGUAUUUCUAUGUUGAUAUUUCUGUCGUUUUCCUAAUAAGUUAGAUCUUAUUUAUUUGUUUAUUCAUCUUUUUCUACGUACUGGGGGAAUCGCAUUCAUUAUAAACGUUUAGAUGCGUUAAUACAAUAUAUACUCUACUUCUUCUAAUUUAUGUGAUAUUUAAAAUGGAAAAUUUUUCUGUACUAAAUAUCAUUGUUUGAUAAACGUACCUAUAUUUACAUUCAAAUAAAGUAAUUACGAAGA